AUGGAUACAGAUCCAGUCAAUAAAAGAGCGAAGCCGUGCAAUAGCAAUGCUGUAGACCCCAGAGCACUGUGGCAACUACGAGAGAUGGUUGAUAAAGAGGGCAUAGUUGCAAAGCAGAAGAUUUCGAUAUAUGUUGAGAUGCUGGGGUACAUGAAGAUGAAUGAGGAGCUGGAGAGUAAAAACGAGGAAUUGGCAGAGGAGAAUGCAAAUCUGGUGAUGAUGCUUGAGAAUCACAAGGAGAAUGUAGAAAAUGCCUGUGAAAGUAAGGGAAAGCAUAAUAUAGAUGGGGCGUCGAAGAUUGUGAUGCUGAGCAACGAGGUCAGGAGGCUUGGCUCUGUUAUAUGUGAGAUGGAAAAGAGACUUGCUAAGAGGGAUAUUGAUGGAUAUGCACAUGCAUCACAUGCAGAAUCGAAUGAUGUCAGCAACACACGCAUGAAGCAGGCAGAUGUGUCUUUGGUGUCAAUGGCAAAUGACGAAACGUACAGGAGGAUUGUAGAUGAAUGCUCUGAGCUCAAAUCGAAAUUAGUUGAUGUUGAAGCCAAGUACAAAGAAGAGAUGUAUGAUAAGGAAUUGGUGAUAAGCAAAUUAUCUGGAGAGCUGAAUAAUCUGAGCAUAUCACAAAAGGAAGCCGAGAGGAAAUGUGCGAUUUUUAACGGAGAGAAUGAGAAGAACAAAGGAAUAAUUGAUGCGAAUGCAAGCAGAAUAAGAAGAUUGAUAGAUGAUGCUGCGAUUUUGAAUAUGGAAAUAGAAAAAAUAGAAAGAGAUAUGCUGCCACUUAUUUGUGAGAUUGAGAAAAAUGAAAGCAAGACGGAAAAUCUACUAAUGGAGAAGGCUGCAUUCAAGGCACUGGUUGAGGGGUAUGAAGAGAGGGAAGAAAAGAUAAAGACGAUCAAUGCAAAUGGAGAUAGUGCGCUCGAAGAUGAGAUCAUAAAUCUGCUUGAAAGCCUAGACAAAGGCUUGGAAAGAAAUAAGGAACUAACCAAGAAAGUUGAAGAAAGCCAUCGGCGGUGUAGAGUAUUGCAGGACGAGGUUAAUGUGCUUAAAGCUGCAAAUUCGGAUCUUGCUUCACAUAACGCCAAACUUGAGAUUGGUAUGAACUUCCAGAAAAAGAAUGUAAAAAACUCUAGAGUAGAUAAUGGCGAAACACUGGCCAAAAUUAGGAAACUGCAAGAUUGCGUUGAAGAGCUGAAUCGGAUUGUUGAUGAAUAUAAAAGAAGAUUGCACGGGUUGUCUGCGGAAAAGAACGAGAUGGAGAGGAUUCUUGAGUGUGUGAAGAAACAAUCUAGAGAGCUACGAAAUGAAGUGGUCAGGCUAACUAAAGCAAACAACGAGGCCGAAUGCGAAACCAAAAAGCUUCAUGGAGUGCUUAAGUCAAUAAGAGCUAGAGGCGAAGAUGUGGAUUUGCUUACACAGAUGGAGAGAUACAGGGGUCUGCUUCGAUGCAUGCUCUGUGAUUCCCGGUUUAAAAACACCGCAAUAGUCAAAUGCAUGCAUUGCUUCUGCGAGGAGUGUGUAAAUUCAAGAAUCAAGAUGAGAGAUAGAAAAUGUCCAUCAUGCAACGAACCCUUUAAUACAAGCGACGUGAGAAAGAUAUACCUGUGA